ACAAUUGAGUUUUUUCCGUUUUAUUUUAGCUGUGAUAUUUAGCGACGGCAAGACACACUCAAAAUAAGUUAUUUGCCAAAGAAAAAAAGAGAAACGAAAAAAAAAACAAAAAAACUGGAGCGUUGCUAUGACAACCAGCGCAACAAGGUUUGUUAGCAACCAAACUAGCGUUCGGACCAGAAGGCUUUGGUUAGAUGUUAUGUUAGCUAGCAAGUAUUUUUAAACAGCAGAUAACGUUAAGGUAACUUAUAUCUACGCUGUAAAGUAUUUUAUUACAUAAACAAUGGACUCAAAUUCGUUAUACUAUUCUUUGGAACUCGUUGCCGGUAGCGGACAUACUUUAAAUGUUGAGCAAAGAGCCGCUCUGCAGACUUCCUUGGUGAUCCUGAAGAAAAACUACAAAUUCCAUCGAGUGUUGUUUUGGGGCAAAAUAUUGGGAUUAAAGGAGGAUUAUUUUAUCGCUCAGGGGAGAGGAGAAGAUGAGAUGCAGGAUAAAAAGAAUCUCUAUAGCUUCAACUGCAUGGACUGGUUCCUGCUCCCCCCUGCCACAGACUCAAUGAUCGAGGAAGUGUCCAAAGCUGCAAAGGGUCGCUUCAAAGGAGACCCCUCCUAUGUGUAUGAGCAUCUUGAGAUCCGCAGGCGAGGAGAGAGGGAUGACGUUAUAGAGGAGGAGGUAAUCAAAGUCAAUGAGGAGAGCAGGCUGGCAGUGACGGUUCAUCAGAUCGAUGAGGAAGUGUCUGUGGUACCGCGUGGCGCCUUCGUCAAGAGUCCACAUGGCCUUGUCCAGAUCAACCGCAGCUUUGUGGGUCUGUCUCACUCAGAAGCAGGGAAGCUUGACAACUUCCUUCACUUCAGAAAACCAAAGAAUCUGAAGAAGAAAUCCAUCCUGGAAAUGGGUGAUUUGAACCCAGCUAUUGACUUCCUGGAUGUACUGAGUGAUGACAUUACUAAAGGAUCAUGGAGUCUUCAGUUUGAAUAUGCUAGCACAGUGUGCGUGCUUCGCAGCCUGUUGUGGCUUGGCCUGACCUUCUACCAUGUGCCAAUGACGCCACAGCAUGGACACAUCUACAUCGGCGAUGGGACCAAGAAUUUGGACCUUCCCUUUAUGCUGUAAAAAUAUCUUACACCUAUUUCAAGCUACAAAUCCUCUUUUCUCUGUUGUUCACAUCAACCUUCAAAAUGUAUUAAAUGCAACAGGUUGCUGGAUUUUAUGUUUGUCUUAUCUUAAAACAAAUAAAGAGAUACAGUCGUGCA